AUGAGGAUGCCGAUGUUUAUUACUGGAAAGGUAAGUGUUAAUCUAUAUAACCAAAGGUUUUGCAUAAUCUAUUUAUUUAAUUUAUCAUAUGUAAUAUAGAGUUAUAAUAGAUAUUAAGAUGCAAUCGAGUGUUAUGAAAAAGCUAUCUCUAUUAACCCUAAAUUUGAUUUGGCAUGGAACAAUAAGGGUAAUUAACUGUUUAACAUAUCAUUUAGGUUCUGCAUUAAACAGUUUAAAUAGAUAUUAGGAGGCAAUCAGGUGUUGCGAGAAAGCUAUCUCUAUUAAUCCUAAAAUAUUUGGGGCACAUACAAAUAAAGGUAAAAUACUUUUAAAUAUUCUUAGGUUUUGCCUUACAAUAAUAAAAGAAAUAUCAGAAUGCAGUUGACUGUUAUGAGCAAGCUCUCUCUAUUUGUAAUGAUCCUCAAAUAAGGCAAUUAAAAGUUUGAAUUGAUAAUAUAAUUCCUUAGCUGAUUCCCUAGGAAUGUUAGCAUUAGGAGAGAAAUCCAAAGUUAAGCUACAUCAGCAUUAUUGAUAGAUUAUAUAAUGAGUUAACCAGCAAACAUUUAAGUAUUAAAGUUUAUCUAAAUAUCACAAAAAUCAUAAAAAAAAAUAUUUACAUAGCUUGA